UAGGAUUAAACUGACUCUUAAUGACAUUGUUACGCUCACAGAUUAAUGCAUCUCCUCACUUUCAGCAGAGAAGAUUCCUCAUACAGCAGAUGGUGACUAACACAGAGAUUCACAAGUGGUUAAUGUGCAGACAAUUAGAGACUGCAGAGCACUUAGCCUUGAAUAGGACACCUCUGUCAGCACAUCAAGCCUCUGUCUCUCAAGGCUCAGAUACCAUCAUGGAAGAGGAGGGCAGAGAGAGCGUAAGAGCCAAAGGAAACAGAGUUGUGACAGCAGUGGUGACAGCAUGCACAAGACACAGCUUCACCCUGCCUGGCACUGGCCACAGCUCAGCUCCUUCAGUAUGGUGGGACACAAUGGCAACGAAUCUACUGCCACAUAUUUCAUCCUAAUAGGCCUUCCAGGACUAGAAGAGUCUCAGUUCUGGCUGGCUUUCCCAUUGUGCUCCCUCUAUCUCAUUGCUGUGCUAGGAAACUUGACAAUCAUCUAUGUUGUGAGGACAGAGCACAGCCUACAUGAGCCCAUGUAUAUCUUUCUUUGCAUGCUUUCUGGCCUUGACAUCCUCAUCUCCACCUCUUCUAUGCCUAAAAUGAUGGCCAUCUUCUGGUUUAAUUCCACUACCAUCCAGUUUGAUGCCUGUCUGGUACAGAUGUUUGCCAUCCACUCCUUAUCUGGUAUGGAGUCUACAGUGCUGUUGGCCAUGGCCUUUGAUCGCUAUGUGGCCAUCUGCCACCCUCUACGCCAUGCCACUAUGCUCACGUUGCCUCGUGUUACUAAGAUUGGCAUGGCUGCUGUGGUUCGAGGUGCUGCACUAAUGGCACCCCUGCCUGUCUUCAUCAAAAGAUUGCCCUUCUGCCAUUCCAAUAUACUUUCUCAUUCUUAUUGCCUGCACCAAGAUGUCAUGAAGCUGGCCUGUGCUGACAUCCAUGUCAACGUCAUCUAUGGCCUCAUUGUCAUCAUCUCUGCCAUCGGCCUGGACUCUCUUCUCAUUUCCUUCUCAUAUCUGCUCAUCCUUAAGACUGUUCUGGGUUUAACACGUGAAGCCCAGGCGAAAGCUUUUGGCACUUGUGUCUCUCAUGUAUGUGCUGUUUUCAUAUUCUAUGUGCCUUUCAUUGGACUGUCGAUGGUGCACCGUUUUAGCAAGCAGCGUGACUCUCUUUUGCCCAUCAUUAUGGCCAACAUCUACCUGCUGGUUCCUCCUGUGCUGAACCCCAUCGUCUACGGAGUCAAGACAAAGGAGAUCCGGCAGCGAAUCCUGCGUCUUUUCCAUGUGACCACACCCACUUCAGAUUGCUAAGAAUCAGCGAUCAAACGCCUUUUCCAUUCAAAGUUCUCCAAUUCAUACUUUAAUAUCAACACUUGGAAGACAGUAUUAAGAAAAAAAAU